AUGUGCGUCUUUGUCGUCUGCUCACGCUGCUGGGUCUUCCAGUUUUUAAACCUAGGCCUGUGUAUGGCUUCCAGAAUACUGCUGCCUCCACCGCCACCCUGCGCCAUGUGCCUCUGUCGUCUGCUCAUGCUGCUGACGGCUUCCGCUUUUUAAACUAGUCCUGUGUAUGUCUUCAGAAUACUGCUGCCUCCACCGCCACCCCCUGCGCCAUGUGCCACUUUCGGGUCUCCUCACACUGCUGCCAGGUCCAGAAGUGUGUGUCAUGGGUCUCCUGUACGGCCUCCCAUUGCUGCUGGACUUCAUCACCAGACUCUGCCAUGUGCCACUUUCAGGUCUCCUUACACUGUGUGUGGUGGGUUCCAUUUUGUGAUAGGGUGCUGCUAUUGUGCCUUCCAUUGCUGCUGCCCUCUGACCGCCACCCU